AUGCGCGAAAUUAAAUUCCGAAGCGCAGCCAUUUGUAAGGGAGCGGCGGGAACCGCAACCCAGAGGGACCAGAGCAGAGCAGAGGGCCCCGCCCUGCUGCAGCCGGGGCUCAGGGCUCGGGGCUCAGGGCUCGGGGCUCAGGGCUCGGGGCUGAGGACGAGUGGAGCGAGCCAUGAGGAUCGCCACUUGAGCCGCUCGCCUUCAACGUCACCGCGCCGUGCAGAUGUAGAAAGGGUCCGCGGGCCCCGGCGAUCGUUGGGGCGCGGGGGUGAGUGCGGGGUGAGAGCGGGGGGCGCGGGGGGCGCGGGGGCGGGUGCGCGCGCAGAGGGGCGCGGGGCGGUUGCGCCUCGCCAGUGGCCCGGGCUGGCCGCGCCGCACGCACGUGUAGCGGCCGCGGCUCGACGUCCCGCGCGAAUGUUCCGUGCCCGGUCCGUGCGAGUACGCCAUGCCCCGCGCCCUGAGCGCUUAGAGUGCGAGCGAGGAGGUUUCAGUGUC